UAUUUAAUUUUUUUUAAUGUGUAAUCAAUAACAGUUCACAGAAGAAAAGCUUGGCCAGGCAGAGAAGACAGAAUUGGAUGCUCACUUAGAGAACCUCCUUAGCAAGGCUGAAUGUACCAAAAUAUGGACAGAAAAAAUAAUGAAACAAACUGAAGUGUUAUUGCAGCCAAAUCCAAAUGCCAGGAUAGAAGAAUUUGUUUAUGAGAAACUGGAUAGAAAAGCUCCAAGUCGUAUAAACAACCCGGAACUUUUGGGACAAUAUAUGAUUGAUGCAGGGACUGAGUUUGGCCCAGGAACAGCUUAUGGUAAUGCCCUUAUUAAAUGUGGAGAAACACAAAAACGAAUUGGAACUGCAGACAGAGAGCUGAUACAAACAUCAGCCUUAAAUUUCCUCACUCCUUUAAGAAACUUUAUAGAAGGAGAUUACAAAACAAUUGCUAAAGAAAGAAAACUAUUACAAAAUAAGAGACUGGAUUUGGAUGCUGCAAAAACCAGACUAAAAAAGGCAAAAGCUGCAGAAACAAGAGCUUCAUCUGAACAGGAAUUAAGAAUAACUCAAAGUGAAUUUGAUCGUCAAGCAGAGAUUACCAGGCUUCUGCUCGAGGGGAUCAGCAGCACACAUGCCCACCACCUCCGCUGUCUGAAUGACUUUGUGGAAGCCCAGAUGACCUACUACGCACAGUGUUACCAGUACAUGCUAGACCUGCAGAAACAACUGGGAAGGUGUUUUCCAUCUAAUUAUCAUUGUAACAACAACCAGACUUCUGUGGCACCUGCACCGUCUGCUUCAUCAAAUGUGAUCGGUUCUUCUGCCUUAACUUCAGCCAGUGGCCUAGUCACCUCUCCUUCCAACCUCAUUGACCUUAAGGAGUGCAGUGGCAGCAGGAAGGCCAGGGUUCUGUAUGAUUAUGAUGCUGCAAACAGUAGUGAAUUAUCACUUCUGGCAGAUGAGGUGAUCACUGUUUUCAGUGUCGUUGGAAUGGAUUCCGACUGGCUAAUGGGGGAAAGGGGGAACCAGAAGGGCAGGGUGCCAAUUACCUACUUAGAAUUGCUCAAUUAAAUAGGUGGACUAUGAAAAGACACACCGUAUUUAUGUACAAUUAACUCUUAAUAAAACAGGUUUAAGUAUCUUCCAUGUCUUAAGAGACUGAAAAGAAAAUACCAGCCAUCAGAAACUGGCCUUUCUGCCAAUAAAAUUGCAUGGUAAACACGUCAUUACAGACUUUACGUUAGAGCUUUUAUGCCAAGAAUGUUUUCUUACGAAGUUCUCUUUCUACUGAGGUUUCACUAAAAGCAGCUUCUUCUUUUGAGCCCCGACUUAAAACAGGAGAACUGCUUUCUACUGGAGUUUUCAUUAAUGGCAAGCUUUUUCUUUUAUGUAAAAUAAAUUUAUUGUGAAUUGAUUACCAGUGACUCAUUUAUUAGGUAUAAUUAAUAGCCAAAGAAUAAAGUUGAAGUUUGUUUUUAACUGUUGGUUUAAAAAGAACUCGAGGAUACAAACCUCUUUUGUGAAGAAUAUAAUGUUUCAAAAUGUUUCCGUAAACAGAAAUGCAGUUAAAUGUUUACCUUGUUUUCCAAAAGACAUUGAAUGAUUUCAAUACUGUAUUUCAGUGGGUUGUUUUGGUGUGUGUUGGAGGGGCAGGGGGUUGUUUCAUUAAACACUGCUGGUUUCUUUUAAAUUUAAGAACAGCCCUCAACAAGUAUUACCAUAUUUCUCUAGUAUAUUUGCAGUUAAGAUUCUGAACUAUCUGGGACAAGUUGAGUCCGCUAAAACAGUCAAGUUUUUUAAGAUUGUUUCAGUUAGCACAGUUUAAUGCAUAAUCAGAAUUGGAUCUGUUAAGAAGAUACUGCAGUAGGGUAAAGAGAAUUUGUUCUUAUUGAACAACAAAUCCUUGUAAAAAUAAUAGAAAUAUGGAUUAGUGCAACUGUGUUCAUUAUAGAGUAAACUGCAAAGAAAAUAAUACACUUUUGGUUACUCUGAGCCUACUAAUAAAAUUCUGAGAAUUUGUCAAUGAAUUUAGGUUAUCUUGAACAGGCUCUGUAGUUAUGAAACACACACUGAUGUAAUAAUUAGUGACAUACUUGGAAUCAGAGAAUUGCUGUUUGGACCAUUGCCAUCAGCAGAUUGUUUCUGUGUCAGGAUUUCAGCUCUCAUUUCCAUUCACUCAUCAAACACUGGUUGAGGGCCAGGCACUAUGCUGAUCAACUGGUGAUACUCCCCUGAACAAGAUGCACACACUCCUUUCCCUUGCAGACCUUAGAGACUAGUGGAGGAUACAGAAAAAUGGGUAAGUGAUGGUCAUUGAACAGAAUUAGUGUCAUGAUAGAAGAAAUAUAGGAUACUGUGUUUGGGAGCUUUGAGAGUCACGUAAUUCAGUUUUGAAGAGUGGGAGAUGCUUUGGAAAGGAAGUGUUCCUUCCAGGCAGAGGAAGAAGAUGUGCUGGGCCUGGAGCUAAGAGCGGAGCGCACUCUGACGACUAAAGCGGCUCAGUCUGGCUUGUACAGGAAGCGUAAAGGUGUAGUGCGUUUCUUCAGGGAGUGUUAAUGUGUCAAAAUGGUAUUUUUUGGCACUUUAAAAAAAUGAAUCCUUAACACAAAAGGAUGUUUUAAAAUGGUGUUUAAGAGUUCCUAGUAAGAGCUUGGUAAACAGGUUGAUAAUUUACAAUCUACAUUUUUACAGUAAUUGUUACCCUUUUACUUCUGUGCUAUGAGACGAACGCCUCUGCAAUUUAAUAGCUAUACGAGGUGCUUUGACUCACGCUAUGAAUUUCCAUACUGUUAGCCCUCAGAGCUGCUCAGGCUGCUUAGUUACUUAGAGAACCACUUGAGUGAAGCUUUUUUCCCCAAAAAGGAAGCUCUAGCCAGCUUAGGGGACCAUUUAUUAAGUUGUGUAAGUCCAGACUUAGGUUUUAAAAGAUCGUACAAAACAUUCAGGUCAACUUUAACAGCAGCUAGAAAGUAGGCUUAGCAAAAGGGAAAGAGUGUGGGUGUUGGAGUGAAAUUGUCCUGGGUUCAAAUCCACUCUUCCUCACAUACUGUGCCCUUUGAGCUUCAACUCAAGACGUCAUAUAAACUGCCAUUAUCUUAUUAGUAAAAUGGGAUUAAUAAUUAUGCCACCUUAAGGUUACUGUGAGGCUUUUAUAGCAGAUGUUAUCUUGUAUGUUAGGUAAUUUUUAGGGAAAGGCUUGUCACAGAGUAGAAGCAUCCUGUAAGUGUGUUUCCCUGGUUAACACCUAUCCAGACUGCAGGCCUUGUGUAAGACUGUGUACUAGAGAUACCUCUUUUAUAUCCAUGCUCUGUUCUACUUACCAGUCCUAUCUUUCACCCUCUUUAAAAUCAGACCCAGAUCUAGGUUUAACCUCACCAGUCAGUGUAUAUUUUUAUCAGAACCUUCUGCUUUCUAUCAAAUGAAUGUUGAUUAUGGUUACCCAGUGAUGUACAGUAGUCUUCGAGAAUGCUAGGGUUCAAAGGUUUUUCUGCCUUUGUCUGCCACAAAUCCACCACAACAUGUGGGCUCGUUCUUAUGUUUAUUGCUUUUUAUUUUAAUGAGGUUUUGUUUGUUGGGGGGGUUGGGGUUUAUUUUAUUUUGAUUUUGGACUUAUUUUAUAAAGUCAUAGGCUUAAUUUCUACUCAGGUAAAGGCCCAUAGGUUCUUAGGCAUGGAAGAAAAGCUUGGGAAGCCUAUUAAUUCAUGGUGCAAUUCAGAAUUAUUUACAUAAACUCUGUGCCCCUGAGCUUAAUCUAAAGGUAUAGUAACUUGAAGGAUGCACAUAGGAACGAAAUAGUAGACCUGGAGAUGAUUGUAGACCUUUUACAAACAGAAAAAAGUGAUUGGAUUGUCUCUACAUCUGUCCUCAAAGUAAUUAACCUAAGAGGUCAUUGCGUUAAGUUGUCUUUUAUGGUGCUAAUCAGAAGGAUACAUACUGUAGGAGAUUGGGUCCCAGAAGUGGGGAUGUGCCUCACUCUGGUAACAUGAGAAAUAAGAAAUGUGAGGCCAGGGUCGCAGUGGGUUGGAGUGCGUCUUCGUAGUCUGCUGUCGUCCUCCGCUGAAACAGGAACAGGAUGUGAGUGAGGACCUGGUGAUGGGAGGACAUUUCUGAAACACUGGAGACAGUGAAGGCGCACAGGGCAAGAGGCCGCGGCUCUGUCUGCCCAGAGACAGAGGGGCCCAGCUUGUCUCCAUUGCUGUGCUGACAGGAUUCCUCCAAAAUACCUUGCCUAGUCCUCAAACACCUGGAAGUCUGAAACACAUUGCCCUGGCACGUGGCAUCUCGAGUCUGGGCGAGGAGCCACAGUGAUAGAUGACUUUGCAGUCUGACCUACAGCCAGCUUUGCCUCCGCCCUUCCUCCAGGUGAUAAAGUGGCUCUGACCUCUCGGUGAGACUCAGCUGGGGGAGGGGAAGUUCUACGCACACUGUCACUUCUCCCGCAUCCUCCUAAUGGGGAAGCCUGCUCAGCAGGGAAGUGUUCUCAGUGUGAGACCCCCAAGACAGGGCAAUGUCAGCAUCACUUAGGAGCCUGUUAAAAAUGCUGAUUUGUAUUUCCAAGUACUAUGUACCUUUUCAUGUACUUACUAUCCUUUCAAAGGGCUAUAGAACUAGUCUUAGGUCUUCUGUGUAACAUUUUUAAGAAUAUUUCAGCAUAAAAACUGAAUUCUGAUCUUUACUGUGUUCUAGCACUGAUCAUAUAAUUACUUUCAAUAACUUUUUUAGUAUAUAUUGGUCACUCUAGAAUGUACAUUCCCUGAGAUUGAGGCUCUAAUUCUUGUGAUCACAGUUAAAUUCCAAACUCUUAGUACAAGACCUAAUACAUAGUAUGUCCUCAAUAAAGAUUUGUCAGAGAGAAAAAUGCAAUUCUUAAGCCUUAUCCAAGAUCUGCUGACUCAAACUCUGGGGAUAAGACCCAGCAUUCUGUCUUUACAAGCCAUUGAGGUGAUGGUUAGUCUCAAGUUUGAGACUCACUUCAGUAGAACAAAGAAAAUGUAACUUACCUUCAGGCCUGCUAUUUGACAUCACUUGGGAAAUGCUCCCUGCCUCUGCCGUCACCAGCAACACUGCUCGCAGGUGUACAGCAGCCUUGCUGGGCCUGUGUUACACGUGGACGUGAAGGUACAAGGCACGCUUCGUGUAAGUGAGGAAAACACUGCUUGGAAUGCCAGCACCUGGUUGCUGUGGAGGUUUCUAGGGAUGAAUCCCUUAGUCUGCAGAAGGGUAAGCACCACCACCAGCCACGCUUUCACUCGGCACAGGGACGAUUUGACAUCAGAGCCCCCUGACAAGCCAUUUAAGCUGUGCCAGACUAACAUGUACAUCCUUGUGCCUCAGGUUGCUAAGCUCCACUCUCCCUACUUCAGAGGAGACUUUUUAAGCAUUGCUAAUGUUUUCUUUUUUAAUAAUACAAGGCAUAGAUAUGUUGAUAAAAAGGGUAAAAAAAAUAAAAUACAGUUUAAAAGAUAAAAAUCACCUGUAAUUCCACCAUCCAGGGAGAACUGCUGUUACUUAAGUGUAUAGACUUCCAGAUUCUUUGUGCAUUUAUAGGUUUUUUUAAAAUGGGGUCAAGUUGUACAUACUGUUUUGUAACCUUUUUCACGUGACAGUACCAUGACUAUCCUGCCAUGUCAAACAUAUUUCUGUAUCUCUUUUAAUGGCUGCAUGGCGUCUUGUCGUAUGUGCCACAUUUUAUUAAACUACUGUUUCUAGGUUGUUUCCAAUUUUUCACUAAUAAACUGCUUUAAAGAACAA